AUGACUCGGUAUCUCGACAUUUUCAUCAUUUGGGGUCAUCUUAUGUCUUUCGAAGGCCACAAGGCACCCAUUGCUCACAAUACAUACGCCGAAGUUAGUCUAUACGAGACCUUGAUCGUCGUCCGCGAAGUCUGCGUGCAUUGCAACAUCGAUCGCCUCAUGACUUGGACCGAAACCCUCCAAGUGAUCGCCGACGAGACCGGCGUGAGCGUCGACGACAUCGACAACCACGAUGAGUUUGUCGCCCUAGGGAUCAAUCCCAUCCUUGCGGGACUCAUCGUCGCCCGCCUGAAGGACCGGCUGGGCGUCAAUAUGUCGACCGCCGUCUUCGAGCAGUUUCCCACCGUAGCGGCCUUUCGCGAGUAUUAUCAGACAUCACUGGACAAGCAGUCCCAGGUGCCGCUAUCAGUCGUCCUCCAGGGCAACCUGGCGACGAGUGCUCGCACCAUCUUCCUCCUGCCAGACGGUAGUGGUUCCGGCAUGGCGUAUAGCGGUAUUCCUGUCAUCGCGCCGUCUACCUGCCUGGUGGCCAUGAACAGUCCCUAUCUAGGCGGGGAUGGGUCCAGAUACCGCUGCUCUCUCGAGGAACUCUCGCGCCUCUGGGUUGCCGAGAUCCGUCGUCGCCAGGCUCAUGGUCCCUAUCUUCUGGGGGGCUGGUCGGCCGGGGGCUACUAUGCCUACGAGGUCACCAAGCAGCUUCUUGCCGAGGGAGAGCGCGUCCACAAGCUUAUCCUCAUAGAUUCGCCGUGCCGGGUCGUCUUCGAGGCACUGCCCAUGGAGGUCAUCCAGUACGUGGCAUCGCACAACCUGAUGGGCAUGAUGGGCAACAACUUGCCGCAAUGGCUGCUCGACCAUUUCCAAGCGACCCUCCGCGCCGUCGAAGACUACCAUCCGACAGCGAUGAGUCCCCUCGACGUACCGCCAGACACAUAUAUCAUCUGGAGUAGGGACGGUGUCCUGCCGGAUGCAAAAGCGAAUGCCACAGGGCUGGAUCUGCGCGUCAAGGUGAAUGAGCUGGCGGGUUUAUUGCGGGACAUUGUGAGAGACAUUCCAUCUACACGACAGACGCGCUGGGUGACAGGCCUCGAUAGAAAGAAGCUUAGAUUUGGAAGGAGCGGUGUGAACGAGCCCCAGGCCCUAAGCCCUAGUUUUCCUAAAAUAGAAGCAGUGAUCUACCUACGUGGUUAUGUAGAUUAUAGAUUAGCAAAAACCUCCCAUACUAGUCCAGUGGUUACUACUGGUGGUACAUUGCGUAAAGCUAUACCUGCCUAA